GACGCGACCUCCCAGCGGUUACCCAUCUUAUAAGUAACAUCAGUAGUUUUGUGUUCAGUGAUUGUGUAUUUUAUUAAUUCGGUGAAUAAUUUUUUGUCCCUUUUUUUUUAAAAAAAGUAUGAAAUAAGAACAAAAUAGAAACAUGGCCGACACAAAUUUGCACAAUGAAGCGGUUCAACGCCUCAAUGACGUCACAAGGAGAUCAGAUGAGAUCCCGUAUGCUGAUGAAUGCGUAGAGCUUGAUCUUAGUCAAACAGAUGAACCAAUACGACCACAGCGUUACAAAGACAUCGAACGAGGAGAAAACCAAACAACGAAGCGGGUUGACGAGAAGCAGACAAAAGACUUAGAUAAAGUACAUUCCUCACCUGACAGCGACACUAUCGUUGUAAACACCCCUGAAGGAACCCUAUACAUCACCCUAGAACCGGAUAAAUCUAAGCCGAGCAGCCCUAGCGCGCAGUCCACGGACCUCAGCGAAUCAACAUCAAAAGUUUUCGGAGCUAAAGAGUCUAAUGAUAUGAUUGAUAACGAGAGAGCAGUAGAAGCGAGGAGAUCAAAUCUGAGACGAAACAGCAUAUCGAUGCCUGCCCUACAGAAUUUGGAAAUAGAGGUGUUCAGGCAACAGUACGCGAAUAAUCCGGAAGACGGGAUCCCGGAUCACCAUCGGAGCUCAGCGUCGGCGUUCAGUGACGGAGACAACACAGUGGAUGAAAACAAUGGAAUUCUCUCGGACGAUGAUAAGCCGAAAUCACCCCUCAAAUCCCCGCGCCGGAAGUCAGGCUACCCACGCCGGCUGGGCAGAUCAGAAUUCAGCAUGGAUGAAGAUGAUUACUCGCCGAGUAAUUCUGUGACUUCUGUCAACAGCCUCGCCAGCCUCCUUAGGGAGAAGUUACAGAGUAUCCCUCAGAAGAUUCGUAAGAAACCAUCAGACUACAAGCUCAAGGCGUUCGUGGCGCUAAUGUUCCUGGCCGUGGCGUUUUUCAUCGGCUUCGCGUAUGUGCUCUAUCACCAGCAGGCUCACUCCAAGACUUACUUCCGAAACGUUCAGCUGAACGAACCGAAGAGGUUAAUAAGGAUCUACAAUGAGGACGAUGUGGAAAUACUGAAAGCUAACUUAGCGGUUGGCGUCCAAGGUAAAAUAAAAGCCUUCCCAUGUCUACCGGAAGACCGCCGCAACGGUUCCCAGUGUCUGGAGUGGCUCCACACCCUCCGUUUCUACAUGAAGUCGCAGCCGCACGACCCUGGUUUGGACAACACAACAUGCUACUCCAUCCACUGGCAAGCGUUAAGACCUGAUGUAACUCCUACAGACUGCUUCGACUGGGGUGACACAAAGGUUCACUGGUAUGGCGGCGGACAGUCUUUUAACUUGACUUGGCCUCUGGACGCAGGCUCCAUAAGCUUUACACCAUUCGUUACCGGUGAUAUGCAGAAAUCGCAAUGGGGCAACCUCCUGACCAGGUACUUCAUCAACACUAAAGGAGCAGCAAUCAUUGUCGACGAAGAAACUCCUUUACACGUAGCCGUCAAGCCUGAAACCAAAGAAAUAUGCAUUAGAGCUAAAUACGACGACUUCGCUUUUGCCAACAAGAUUACUGAAUUUCCAGAAAUGAGAUACAACAUUUGCACCUCAAUCGAUAUGAAGUCGCUUCAUACUUCUAUUCACAGUCACAGGAGUUCGCCUCUGUGGGACGGCCUCAAGCCUGCCGAUAUGCAGACCUUAGAUUCAUUGAUAUCGGAACCGGUCUGGCAAAUAGCGCCACGGUUCAAACACGAACUUCAAGCCGAAACCAUUGCCAAGUACACCGAGGAUGUCAUAAACUUAGGGUUCUUAAAACAAGGGCAUGUGCUCAUUAACGAACAUUGGCAAAAUGAAAUCGGUGAUCUAGAAGUUGAUAAGAGCCGUUUUGAAACUUUAAAUGUGACUGUGGACAAAUUGCAUCGAAGAGGUUUUAAGGUGGCGUUCACUAUCCAACCAUUCAUAAGCACGGAGAGCCAGAAUUUCGCUGAGACAGUCCAGAAGCGAUUGCUAGUUAGCGAGAGGAAUAGUGAUCGGCGCAUCCCAGCGUUGACAAGAUUCAAGUCCUUACCGAGCGCAGGGGUUUUAGAUAUAACGAACAACAGAUCUGUGCCUUGGAUUUUAGACAAACUGCAAGCAGUGAUCGACGAAUACCAUAUCGAUUCGUUCUAUUUUGAUUUAGGAACGGCCUACGAUAUGCCGCAUUACUAUCGUUGCGAAAGUUUCCUAAUUAACCCUGAUCAUUACAAAACGAUUUUCACGAAAACAUUCGAAAAAACCUUGAACAUUAUUGGAGUGUCGUCCGCCAUUUCACUGCCAAGACCACCGAUAUUCGUGUCGCUGCCGCCCUUUGAAUCCAGUUGGGAGGCGAUGAGACGAGUAAUACCUACAAUGCUCACGUAUGGCGUCAACGGGUUCCCGUUUUUAAUGCCUGGUGCCGUUGGCGGAGACAUCUACUGGCCAGGGAGCGAACAGUUUCUGCCCUCGUCUAAAGGCUCAAUGGACCCGAUGAAUAUAACCCAGGAGAACGGUAUAGAUUUGCCCGAACGAGAGCUGUACAUGCGGUGGCUUCAGAUGGCAACUUUUCUGCCGGUUAUGAAGUUCACUCAUCUACCGAGCAAGUAUAAUGACGAGAGAGUGCUAGAGAUGGCGAAGAAUUUGACUCUGCUGAGACAGAAACUGGUGACGCCUCUGCUGCUAAAGUACAAGCGAGAAGCGCUGGAGGAAGGUCUGCCGCUGAUCCGUCCGCUGUGGCAGGUGUCGGGUGGUGAGGCGGCACCGCGGGUGGACGACGAGUUCGCGCUCGGAGACGAGCUGGUGGUGGCGCCCGUGCUGCACCAGGGACAGACCACUAGGGAAGUGUACCUGCCGGCCGGUCUUUGGCAGGACGGGAUCGACAACUCCUUGAGGAAGGGAAACAGAUGGAUGCACGAGUAUAAAGUGCCGGUUGACAAGGUCGCCUAUUUCAUCAGGAGACCAGACGACUUGAGGUUCCGAUAGGAUAGAGGUUUUCGAAACAAUUCAAUUAAAAUCAACUACAUAAUAUUUUAUGUAAAAUUUGCGUAAUUCAUGUUUUGAUUCCGUAAAUGCGUAAAUUAUAAUUAUGAAAUAGUUUCGCGGAUACAUUCGCAAUUUUAAAAUUUAUCGUAUUUACCAGCCUCUGCG